GCUCAAAAUAGUACAAAUUCUGAAUGGGAGGGAAAAGUAACAGAAUAUUUCAGAGAGAAGCUAAAAGAAAAUAAUGCAACUAACUGGGUCUAAAGAUCACUGGGAGCAGGCAUGGGAGUGAAGGCCUCUCCCAUCUCAAAGCGAUAUCCACUGAGAUGCCAUGUUUUCUUGCCGCUGUUAUUGCUGGGCCAACUGUGUGCCUUCAUUGAAUGAUGUUCCUUUACAUUAUCUAAAGCCUAACAGUUUAGUGAAAUUCCGCUGUAUGGUUCAAGAUAUGUUUGAUCCUGAACUGUAUAUGAAUGUGUAUGAAACAAUUGACACACAUGCUAAAACACGUGCUUUGCAUUUUGGGAAGUACAGAGAUGUAGCAGAAUGUGCUCCUCAUCAUGAAAUAGACUUAAAUCCUAAACAAAUAGUCACUGCAGACAGACAGACUUUUUACUGUGUUCCAGUGCCUGGAGAAUCAGCAUGGGUAAAAGAAGCCUAUACUAGCAUGAGUCAAGCUCGAGUUUGCCCUUCAACUUCUUACACACCAAGUCGCCACAAGAGGAGUUAUGAAGAAGAUGAAGAUAUGGAGUUACACCCUUCUAAACAAAGAGAACAACACCUGGGAAAUAUAUCCGAUAUUCAUGGGAGCGGAGAGCCAAAGAGAUUAGAGACAGAAGCUUCUGCAAGACGUCAGAUGAUCUCCUUAAAUUGCUCACCUCCUUUAGAUUUAAAUUUUCCACUCCCAGGAGAAAAAGGUCCUGCAUGUCUUGUGAAGAUAUAUGAAAACGGGGAUAGUUUCAAGGUGAACGACAUUCUUGAAGUGUAUGGGAUUUUAUCUGUUGAUCCUGUCCUGAACAUAGUAAACAACGAGGAAAGGGAAAAUUCUUCAUCUCCAGUGGAAUCUAUGGAUUGUAUGGACACAAUAGAAGAACAGAGAGUCCACAGUCCACCAGCCUCAUUAGUUCCCAGAAUCCAUGUGAUUUUAGCACAGAAACUUCAACACAUAAAUCCAUUGUUGCCUGCCUGCCUUAAUGAAGAAGAAAGCAAGAGCUUUGUUUCUAGUUUCAUGUCUGAACUAUCACCAAUCAGAGCAGAGCUUCUUGGCUUUCUCACUCAUGCCUUCUUAGGAGACAGUUUGGCUGCUGAGUACCUUAUAUUGCAUCUCAUUUCCACAGUCUAUGCAAGAAGAGAUGUCCUUCCUCUGGGAAAAUUCACAGUCAACCUAAGUGGCUGUCCAAGAAAUAGUGUCUUCACAGAGCACAUAUACCGUAUUAUUCAGCAGCUUGUUCCUGCAUCGUAUCGUCUGCAAAUGACCAUAGAGAACAUGAACUGCUUACAGUUCAACCCGCACAAGGACUACACAGCGAAUCGUUUGGUUAGUGGAGUACUACAGCUGGCAAACAAUACAUCCCUUGUCAUAGAUGAGACUUUGCUUGAGCAAGGACAGCUUGACUCAAGAGGUGUGCACAAUGUGACUGCACUAGGCCACCUGAUAACUUGGCAGAAAGUGGAUUAUGACUUCAGUUACCACCAGAUGGAAUUCCCAUGCAACAUUAAUGUCCUUAUCACUUCAGAGGGCAGAUCACUCCUACCGUCAGACUGCCAGGUCCACCUGCAGCCACAGCUUUUUCCCCCCAACAUGGAAGAGUACAUGAACAGCCUUCUCACAGCAUUGUUGCCAUCGGUCCUUAACAAGUUUCGCAUUUUCCUAAGUCUGUUGAGACUGCUGGAUUACGGCAUAUCUGAUGAAGUGACCAAGGCAGUAGAAGAUGAUUUUGUGGAAAUGCGUAAAAAUGAUCCAGAGAGUAUCACAGCUGAUGAUCUUCAUAGAACUCUGCUUGUAGCAAGGUUCCUUUCUCUCAGUGCUGGCCAAACGACACUGUCAAGAGAGAGGUGGCUAAGAGCAAAGCAGUUGGAGGCACUACGCAAAGGCAGGCUACAGCAACAGAAAUGUGUAAAUGGAAAUGAACUUUAGUGCUACUGGGCCUGUGUUGCUUAUAUGAUGGCAAGCUUUGCCUAACAUACGCUGAGCUAGUCUGCAGGGAGCUUAUGUUUAUAUUGGGUUUUGUAGAUAAUUUAUACCGGAAAGUUUUGGCUGUUUUCUCAAAUUUGAACACAGUUUAUGGUGUUCAAGUAAUUAACACUGAUAAAAUUUGGGGGCUCAUUUUUGUAACUGAAUUAGCAACUAUUGAAAAUGUUUGAUAUUAAAGAUUUAUUACAAAAAUA